UGCUCAGUUAAGCUAACAGAGUUGUUCGUUCUUUUGCAAGGAAAAAAUGGCUGGUAAAAACUAAAUUUUCUGUUGGGUUUUAACAUUUUUUAGGCUUUGUUUUUUUUAAAUUUUCUCUCAUGUGUGUAUUGUAGCAAAGGAUCAUGACAUGCAGGAGAAACAGGAGAAAGAAUUUUGUCUAGUUAACAAGGAGUACCUGGCUGAUGAACCAUUUCGAGACAUUCCAAAUCUACAGGCAAAGCUUGAUCAGCUGAAGGGCAUGUUUAUGGGAUAUGAUGCCACAAGCACAGGAGAAAUUGACUAUCCAACGAUGAGCAGGAUACUGCAGGAGUUUGGGGUUUUCCAAAACCCCUUGGAGCUCAAGGCGCUGGUCCAGGAAAUCACAGGGAACACAGGCAGCACCAUCCCUUACAAGGACUUCACUAUGGUUAUGCUGGGCCGCAGAUCGACCAUGUGCCAACGGAUCAUGCACUACAAUGGGAAAGGAGGAGGAGUGGUGAAGAGGCCCAGCCUGAUGGAUGCUGGCCCCUAUGUAACCUACUUGGAAUGCACUCUCUCCGGAGUCCCCUCUCCUCUUGCCACUCUCCCGCCGCCACCUCCCCCAUCUCCAGUUGAUGGCUGCCCUGAGACCUAGCCGGCUGCCUGAGGAAUGUGGAGACUGACUCGCUUCGUAGGCUGGAAAGUCUGCUGAGAAGGCAAAUCAAAUGUCCUGUGGUAGAGUGCAUCCAGCUCAGACCUUCCCCAAUAAAGAGCUGCCUAGCAACAGUGCGCUGUAGCAUGUCUGAGCUGCUGCAGCAGGAGAGCAGAACUGCUGAUUGCUGGCGUUAUAGCAGCGCCUAAAGGCCCUGUUGUGGAAGGUGCUGUAGGAACACAAGACAGUAUCUGUCCCAAAGAGCCUACCAUCUAGACAUAAUCAGACAGGUGGCAAGAGAAACAGCCAGAGGGAGGUGCAGUUACUCAUCCCAGCUCUCAGCAGGUCAGUGGUAGAGCCUGGUAUAAACCUGGGCUCUUUCAGGUCAGCUCCUAGAAUCGUAUUUGUCCAUUGUUCUUACUCAGGUUGUUCAAGAACAUAACGUCCAUACUGGGUCAGACCAAAGCUCCAUCUAACCCAGUAUCCUGUCUUCCAACAGUGCCCCAGAGGGAAUGAACAGAACAGGGAAUCAUCAAUUGAUCCAUCCCCUGUUGCACAUUCCCAACUACUAGCAAACCAAGGCUAGGGAUACCAUCCCUGCCCAUCCUGGCUAGUAGCCAUUGAUGGACCGAUCCUCCAUGAAUUUAUCUAGUUCUUUUUUGAACCCUGUUAUAGUCUUGGCCUUCACAACAUCCUCUAGCAAAGAGUUCCACAGGUUGACUGUGCGUUGUGUGCAAAAAUUCUUCCUUCGGUUUCUUUUAAACCUGCUGCCUAUUAAUGUCAUUUGGUGACCCCUAGUUCUUGUGUUAGAGAAGUAGUAAACACCACUUCCUUAUCUACUUUCUCUACACCAGUCAUGAUUUUAUAGACCUCUAUCAUAUCCCCCUGUAGUUCUCUUUUCCAACCUGAAAUGUUCCAGUCUUAUUAAUCUCUCCUCAUAUGGAAGCCAUUCCAUACCCCUAAUAAUUUUUGUUGCCCUUUUCCGUAA